AUGACUAAGAAGAGGAAACGACCACACUCUCACAACGUGAAGCCGAUCCCAAGCACUCAGUUAAACGUCAAACAGAUAGAAAGACAGCUAUCCCGGGGCACUGAGAGGACCCUAGCCGCCUCCACCUGGAAUGAGACUAACGCCAGAAGCACAGUUGCAAAGUCAUCAGAGACACUGUACAAAUUACACAGGGGAUGUUUGUCAAACUCGCAGACAGGCACGUCUUCGAAUCAGAGUGGGUAUUUCAAUGGAGAUAUACCAAAUCAAGCAGAAGCUAACGAGAGGAGUGAGACCUGGCGCGCAAAAACUACACCUUCAGACACAGUAACACAUCCGUUAGAUAGUAAACAAUCCCGUUUACAGUCUACGUCAUGUAUUUUCGACAGCAACGUAAAUGCCUGGCGAUCAGAACGAACAAUAUCAAGAGACAGGAAGGGCAAGUUUGUUAAGAAUAAAUCAGGACGAUCGCCGAAGACUUGCUCUAACGAACAGGUCAUAAAACUGCCAGUCAUACCUGUAUUAAAGAUUUCG